AUGCAGCUCGCUCACUUUCUACUCCUGCUACUGCUCAUCACCGUCGCGAGAUCUGACGGCACCGACGGCCAGACCAACGCCCUGUACGCUGAACCCCACCGCUCGCCUAUGAAGAAUGGCAUGAAAGAUGGCAACCCCAGCACUGGCGAGGAAGACAAGGAGGAAAGAGGACUAUUCUCUUCUGCUUCGGCGAAAAUCGAGAGUAACAGUCCCGUCAUGAAAAAGCGGGAAGCAACGGUGAAGAACGACCCGAGGUUUUUCACGAAGUUGAAUAACAAUCCUGAAUCGGUCAACUAG